GGUCAAAGUAUUUGAGCCUCACAAGGAAUAAUGGUUGACACGUGACUUUGCUCCUGACCAAUGGCGUGAGAACUUAAUUUUAUUCCAAUCGAGUUGAUGAAGAAAGAAGAAGUAAAAGCACACUUAACUCGAACUAAAUGUUCUGGUUUGCCUCGCUCUUCGUAGUACCUAGACCUUUGAUAUGAAUAAGACAAGGAUGUCACUCAUGGAUGAGAACAUGUCAGUCUUUAUGAACCGCAGUACGGCUACAAUCAUUGCAGAAGUAUCCACUUUAUCAUUGCUUGGAGUUAUGGCUUUUGUCGGGAAUCUGCUCGUUGCUAUUUCCAUAUAUCGUAACCAAAGUCUUCGUACAGCCACCAACUACCUCAUUUUAUCUUUGUCCAGCACAGACAUCCUUAUGCCAGUUAUUGGUUUACCUUUCACACUGAUCUGGUGUGUAAAAARUCGUUUUAUGUUUGACGAAAUCGUGUGUGAAUACCAAGCUUGUAUAACAUUUAUUCUGCUUUUAAUMUCUGUAAUUAUGAUGGUACUGAUGGCGCUCAAUAGGUUUGUACGAGUCUGUAAACCUCAAAAAUACAAUCAUUACUUCAACAAACCAAGAACCUUCGCCAUGAUAGGAUGGGUGUGGCUUGGUAGCGUGGUGGGUGUGGUAACGGUACUAAAGGGUGCUCAAGACCUUCACUAUACAACAUUUAGACCAAACCUAAUCAUGUGUUCCUUCUCAUAUCUAGAGAAUAACGUACCAGCUAAGAUUUUGGGUAACCUUGUCUUGGUCGUCUUUAUUGGCAUUCCCUUCAUGAUCAUUUGUUUUUGCUACUAUCAAGUUUUUAAACAAAUUCGUCACCACAAAAACAGUGUUGGACCUUCAAUCACCAGUGGUAGCCCGGGGACAAGUUUACAAGAAAUAAAAAUCACAUGGAUACUGUUUGCUGUUGUUCUUGGUUACCUGGUUACCUGGAUACCUGUUCUUUUUGUCACAAUUGCCAAUAAUAUUACACCUGGCUCACUACCACGUCAGGUUAAUAUUAUUACCACAUAUUGUGCAAUAGGUAGCUGUGCUUUAAACCCGAUUAUUUACGGAGCUCUCAAUAAGGCUUUCAGACGUGAAUACACACGAAUUUUAAAAUGUAAAUAACAUCUCUAAAUACGCAAACUGUAACUUUUAUUGUAUCAUUAUAAUAAAACGGUGUAAUAUAU